AUGGUAGCGUUUACAUGCAAUGCAUGUGGGGAAAGCGUCAAGAAGAACAAGGUAGAAAAGCAUCUAAUGCAAUGUUCAGGAUGCUCUUCCCUUUCCUGCAUGGACUGUGGUCAGAGUUUUUACGGUGAUAGCUAUACUAAUCAUACCAAAUGUAUAUCUGAAGCUGAAAAAUAUCAAGGGAAACUCUUUCAAGCCAAGGAUAAAGUGAAUAAAGGUGAAAAGAAACAGCUGGAUUGGACUAAGAACCUUCAAUCGAUGACUGCCUCUAAGAAUUCUACCAAUCCUCGUAUCAAUUCAAUCAUACAAAAAAUUGCCAACUUUGAUAAUGUACCGAGAAAGAAGAAGAAAUUUAUUAAUUUCAUGAAGAAUAGUGUCAAAGUUUAUAAUGAAGCUUUACUGAACCAAGUCUGGGAAUUAUUUGCUGCAUCGAUGAAUGGUACUCCAGAUUCUGCAGAACCACAAGAAAAAGGUCAAGUGACCACUCCAGCAAGACAAGAAGCUGUAGACUUACCCAAAGAACUACCUGUUAAUGCUAUAAGUGAAGAAAAAAAGACUAAAAAGGUCAAAAAGGAAAAAUCUUCAAGCAAUGUUGAGACCUCAUCCCACGUUCCCAACACAUCUGCCGAGCCUGAUAAAGAAAAUAGAAAGGCGAAAAAAAGAAAACUAAAAGAGAACGGUGAAGAUAGCUCUAAGCAUGGGAAGAAAAAGAAAGUUUCGCCUGUCUCCGAUGAUACCUAUUCAGCUGAGAAACCUCACACAGAGAAAUUUAACUGGAAAAAGACUAUAUCGCGAAUUGUAAAAAGUACCGAAAAGGGCUCUAUUUCCAUGAAACAUUUAAAGAAAAAGGUUACAAGUUAA